AUGGACCUGAACAGCAAGAUAGUCAUCAUCGGUGCCGGUAUAUUCGGCUUGAGCACGGCUCACAAGUUGGCGUCGGAGGGCUACAAGAACAUUCUCGUUCUCGACAGACAUGUCCCCCCGACCCCUGACGCAUCAAGCAACGACAUCAACCGCAUCAUCCGCUUCGACUACGGCGACGCAGACUACCUCGCCGUCGCGCGGGAGGCCUUUGAGCUAUGGAGCCGCUCGCCCCGCUACGAGGGCAUCUUCGUCCCCACGCCCAUCAUCGUCACCUGCACCAAGGGCACCAGCGGCUCCGUGUACUUUAACCGGACCACCAGCCAGCUCACCCGCGCGGGCAUCCCGUGGACGCCGCUCGAGAGCGCCGCCGCCGCGCACGCCGUCCUGCCGCAGCUCACGGGACCGCUCGCCGCCGCGCCCUUUGAGGGCUACUACAACCCCAACUGCGGGUGGGCGGACGCGGCGAAGACGGUGGCGCAGCUGCGGGACGACUGCCUGGACAUGGGCGUGUCGUUUGUCGGCGGAGCGGCGGGCACCGUGACUGGCUUCGAGACGACUGGUGGCGGUAGCAAGGGCGGUGGCAAGAUUAAGGCGGCUCGCACGGUCGCGGGCGAUGUCGUCCGCGGGGACUUCUUCAUCCUCACCGCGGGCGCCUGGAGCUCGUCCCUCGUCUCCAUGUACAACUCGGUCCUCGCCACGGGCCAGGUGCUGGCCUACAUCCGCCUCACCGAGGACGAGGUGCGCAAGUACGAAAACCUGCCCAUCUACCUGAACCUGUCGACGGGCUGGUUCAACUUCCCCCCGCACAAGGACACGCGACUCUUGAAGGCCGCCAUCCACGGCCGGGGCUACACCCGGCGUCCCGGCGCUUCGGACGUGGCUGCCCGUGCUGAUACGACGACGACGACGACGACGACGACGACAGGCACCAUUAUGCGGUCCAUCUACUCGACGCCGCCCGCGAAACCGCCUCACGGCCGGCGCAUCGACUACGCGCCCCCGGACGGCGAGGCGCGCCUCAGGGCCGGCCUGCGCGAGAUUCUGCCUGAGCUGGCGGACCGUCCGUUUGAGCGGACGGGCGUGUGCUGGUACACGGACACCCCGUCGGGCGACUUCCUCAUGGACUACCACCCGGACCACCCGAAUCUCUUUGUCGGAGGCUCGGGCAGCGGACACGCAUUCAAGUUUACGCCCGUGUUGGGCAAGUACAUGUCGCUGGGCAUCAAGAAGCAACUGCCGCCCAAUCUGGCCCAGAAGUGGCGGUUCCACACAGAGUAUGCGGACAAGGGCAUGUCUGUCUUCCUGGGGGAUGGCAGCCGCGAUGGGCCCGAGAGGAGAGAGCUCAGGCAGGACGAGAGGGCAGGGCUUGACAAUGCGCCGCGAGGGAAGCUAUAGAUAGACUUGACAAGAUUCACGUCGUUGGAAACAGAUAUAUAUACAGAUAUAUAGAUAUAACGGACAAGGUGAACAUGCUGUUAACAGAAGAACCG